AUGGUGCCGGGCGUGAUUGCCUCCCCCAGCCUGGACGCGCUGCGCAUGAUGCAGCUGCAGCAGCUGCGGCUGCAGGCGCAAGCACAGCGCCGCGGCUCGGCGGCCGCUGCGGAGGGCAUCACGGAGGGGGACGAGGCGGACGCGGAGCAGGAGAGUGGGCAGGACGAGGAGGAGGAGGAUGAGGAGGAGGACGAGGGCGGCGACACACGCGCCCCGCCAUAUCAGGCGCAGUCAGGCGCGCGCCAGGACGGCGACACGGCCCGCCAGGGCGGCAGCAUCGGCGGCGGCAUCGGCGGCGGCUCGACCGCGGACGGCGAUGACACGGAGGAGACGGAAGAGCGGGAGGAUGCCGCCGGGGCCAGCGACAGCGGGGAUUGGGGGCCGGGCGAGUGCGUGCGCGAGGAGGACUCUGUGCGGCUAUCGUUCACCCAGGAGAAUGUGAUCGACCCCCAGCAGCACAGCUUUUCCACCGUCAUGUAG